AUGGCACCCAGCAAGACACGAUCGCUGGCUGACCAGCUAGCUGAUCUUGAAGAUCCUACUCCGAAAGACUUUGAUCCCGAGGACCUUGAUCGAGAUGGUAAUUCCAGCGACGAUGAAGCUGGCAACGCUCCCGAUGCAAAUGCUGGCAGGGAACACUAUCAGGCAGUAGGAAAGGGAAAACUACGGAAACAAGAGGCUGUCAAGCUAGGCAAGCAAUACGCUGGUGCCCGUGUCAGCAGAGAUGCCCUUGAUGCGGAGAGCGACGAUGAUCCGUUUGCGGCGUAUACCGAUGACGAGGAGGCCUCUGAUGAGGAGAUUGAUUCUGACCUUGAAGAUGUUGAGGGAUCUGAUCUUUCAGGGAGCGAUGAAGGCGAGGAUGCAUCCGACUCUGACGAUACUUCCGAGGAUGACAACAACAUGAGCGACAAUGGAAGCGAGGAUGAGGCAGGAAGUGAAAGUGAUGAAUUGGAUGCGCGGCCCAAGAGCAAACGCUCCGACCAUUCUGCCAAUGGAACUAGUGCGAAUGAUCGGGAGGAACUGCGAAGACUGAUGGCAACUGAUCAAAAAACAAUUGCUGCUACAAUUUCUCAAGCUGCCCAAGCAGAUGCUGCAAAGGGACAGGCCGUCAAGUCACAACGUGCCACUUUCGACUCAUUGCUUAACACGCGUAUCAAGUUGCAAAAGGGCUUGAGCGCUAUCAAUGAUAUGUCAGCUCUGAUGGAUGGUGACGAUGAGGCUACAGAUGCUGAGGCUAUUCAGGCCGCAGAGUCAGCUGCUCUCGCGCUUUGGUCAACCCUGGAGGAGCUACGCACCGCCCUAGCUGAUGCCCACGCCAAAGAUGGUAGUAAAAAACGCAAGCGCUCUUCCCCUGCUACCCUGGAAACGACAUCUGCUUCGCUCUGGGAGCGAAUGACUGACUUGGAGUCCGAUUCCGUUGCUCAUCGUCGUGCCGUUCUUGACAAGUGGUCCUCCAAGGUGAGAGGCACCUCGGCCUCCCUUCCCAAUUCACGAGGCAAACUUCUUGGCUCUGCUGGUCAGCAAAGUAUCACUGCAGUUUUAGAUGCUCAUGUUGCCACGGAACUUGGUGAUCGCUCAAUCAAACGUACUCGCCAGACAACGACAGAAAGCCAUGAGCCCGUUUAUGACGACACAGUAUUCUAUCAAUCUCUUCUGAGAGAUUUGGUUGAACAACGCAUGUCUUCAUCCGACGCUAUGACUGACGGUCUUGACAAACUCUCACAAUUGCCUUCGCGCUUGCCCAUUCACCCAAUUACUGGUAUGCGCAAUGACAAGGUGAAGCGAGAUAUCGAUACUCGUGCAUCAAAGGGUCGGAAGAUGCGUUUCACUGUUCAUGAGAAGCUCCAAAACUUCAUGGCCCCCGAAGAUCGUGGUGUGUGGACCGUCCGUGCUCGAGAUGAGUUUUUCGCUUCCUUGUUGGGCAAGACUGCUAGCGGCUUGUUGGGUGAGGGCGAUGAGAGUAGUGAUGAUAGUGACGACGACCGAGAAGAAGGUGGUCUGAGGCUUUUUCGUAACUGA